UCAGGUGGGGCCGCACAUGGUGGACACAGUUACGCGCACGUCCGCAUGUGCGAGCGAGAGGCACAGCAGCGCCCGUCGUGUUUACCGACGCUAGCGACUCGGAGGCAAGAUGUCCGCCGCUGCAGCCGCACAGCAAAACAACAACGAUGAACCUGGUCUGAACGGGUCCUGGGUUGAGCUGGAAAUGAACGGGAACACUCCAGCAGGUGGCCCCCUGCUGGCCAAUGUACCGCUGACAGCCCCCGUUCCAGGCAACGGGAAUGUGGGAGAGGCUCCUCUUAGCAUAGCAGAGGAGGAGCAGGAAGAGGGCCUGGGCGGGGGUCUGGAGCACGUGCCCUCGUCUUCAUCCAUCCACAACGGUGACAUGGAGAAGAUCCUUCUGGAUGCACAGCACGAGUCGAGCCAGAGCAGCUCCUCCUGUGGCAGCCCCCCCCGACCCCAUAGUCCCGACCAGAAUGAGGGUCAGAUUACCUUUGACGUCGAGAUGCCCAGCAGGAGAGACAGCCAGGUAGAAGAAGAAGCUCUGGACAAGGAGCGGGAAGAGGACAUCCUGCUGAUGAAGGGUCCUGACAAGGUGGCUGACUGGUCCAGCCGGCCCGAGAACGUCCCGCCCAAAGAGUUCCAUUUCCGGCAUCCUCGUCGAUCUCUGACCCUGAGCAUGCGGAAAACCGGAGCGAUGAAGAAAGGGGGGAUCUUCUCUGCAGAGUUCCUCAAGGUCUUCAUCCCUUCCCUGUUCCUCUCCCACAUCCUGGCACUGGGGUUGGGGGUCUACAUCGGGAAGAGACUGACCACACCCUCCACCAGCUCCUUCUGAACACAAGCCAAACAAGUGCCUGGGGUCCGUUGAGUUGUCAUGUUCGAGUGUCACAACCCCCCUCUCUGACCCCCGCCUUGGCCUUACAUCUCUCUACCUUUUCUCUUCUCAUCGUCCUACUUCUCGUCUUCCUGCUCCUGCCACGUCCUGUCAGGCAACAACUCUCUCUACAUCCCCUUCCCCUUUUUUAUUUUUUGAGGGUGUGGGGGCCCAGGACUGUUGGGAAGGUAGCAGAGACAUCUGCUCUAGCUGCGCUGUUGUCUCUCUCUCUCUCUCUCUCUCUGCUGCUCUUUCUUCUCUCCCUGCCUCCCUCUCUUUCGUUUUCUCUAUGAGUCUUGCACCCCCCCCCCCCCCCGCCCCCAUCUCCCUCACGUCACUCGCAUCCUCACUAUCUGUCGGUCUCCCUGGCAGCAGCCCGCUGUUGUUGUUUUUGUUUGUUCGUGGCAGUUUGUACUUCCUGUUUAUUUUGCUCUCGCUUGGUUCCGUUGAUGUAACCAUGCGGCCUGAGGAUUGGUGUUCGAGGGCCCCAUCGCAGACUUCAUCCUUGGGGGGAGGGGGAUGUUUGGCUGGGAGAUGGUGUCAACCAGGGGUCUCGGCCCAUGGAGUGAAAGACAAAGACGUUCUUGUAGCAGGACGACUUUCCAAGAAGAAAUUUGGGGUGGAGUCGCCGUUACCGGUCCGUCACCGCAGAGGCGCUCGGGACUUCGCCUGCUCACUUCCUUUAGGAGCAGCUGCUUCCUGUCAGCCUCUUCCCAGGCUUUACAUGCUUCUCCAUUCCCUUUUCCCUUUCUGUCAUCUCUCUGUUCUUCCUGUCCCUCUCUUCCUCCUCUAUGCCAUUGGCCCGCCUUGGCAUGCAUCAGUUCUAGAUGAAGCUCAUAUCACUGUCAUUGCCAAAAAAAUCCGCGCUUGGAUUGCUGCUGGUUUUCGGAAUGACCCCAGACUCCCACAUCCGCUUUGGUUGUUUUGCUUGAGUCACACUAAAGAACACUUUUGUAUUUUUUUUUUUUAACUCUCCCAGGGAUCAAAGCUAAGUGGGAAUCGGGGGGGGGGGGGCUGGCGUCACUCAGUAUUUUUAGGAACUGCAGCAUAGAGACACACCUCUAGUAUGAUUCAUGAGAUGAAGGAUGAACUUUGAUUGCAGUGACCUCUGGGUUUUCUUUGGUUGUAGUGGUCAGUUGGUUUGCUCAUUUUUUUGUUUUGCACUGAUUUGGCCCUGUCUGCCCCCCCCCCCACCACCACACCACACCUGCCUCCCCCCACCUGGCUUUCAUCAGCCCAUAACUAUGACCUCAUCCUUAGCGGGCCCGGGACCCAGGGCACAGCGGGAUCUGACUAAACUGUGAACACACAGUGGGCCUGGACGACCGUCAGCAGAGCGAACAAGGAGAGGAGAGAAAGCGCAGAUUCGCCUUGUUUGUAUUCACUUUUGUGACCAACUGGAACAGAGCUCACUUGCAUAAUGGUGGUCUGUGUGCAGGCCAGGGUCAAUCAACUAUGGUCAGGGAUUGACAUAACUGGUAUGCAAGUACGCAUUCACCUUUAAAAGCGAUACGUGCAGUAAUCGAUUAAUGUGCAAGUGCAAAUACAUACGUAUUUUUUUGUGCCAAUAUGACAAGAAAUUACCAUUCAUUUUAUCCUCUGUACCGCAAAUGAGGUACAACUUAGCAUGUGAAGGUUAAAAUGCACAAUAAUUUCUUGUCACAUCAGUGCAAAAUUAAGGUUUGUUUUCAACAUUCACGCUGUUACCAGUUAUGUCAGUCCCUGAUUAUGAUAGUACUAGUAUGGAAACUGUUUUUUCCUCCCAAAAAAUUGGAACGAGGACAUUAAAGUCCUCAAAUGCAACUCAGCACUGCUGAUCAAUCAUUUUUCAUUUAAUUUCAUUUUGUCUCAUUUUUCUUGAAUGGUACUUUUGGUUCCGUCUGAAAGUAUCAAGUUAUAAGCUCAGAGGAAGAUUAAAGAUGUCCCUUACUAAAGCAUCUUUGAAAUUAUACUCACUUUUUGAAGAUACUUCAGAAGUGGGCUAUGUGUAUUGUUAUGAAUUCCAGCUGUUGCGGUUGGAUUCGUGCUCUCCAGUGUGCAUCUAAUAGCAGAUUAAUAGCUUUUAUAUGCGAUGGCUGGAUUUUUCCGGGUUUACGAAGUCUGUCGCUUUCCUCACCAUCAUCUUUCCCUUUAAUCUAUCUGAGAAUCCCAAACACACGUUCACUUUACAUACAGAGUGUUAUUCCUGCUCUUCCUCCCUUCUGGGCCUCUGCCAGCGUGUUUCGCUUACAGUCCUGGACGGUCCACAGGAUCCUUGUUUUCUUCCUUCACAUCUGUGCUCAGCUGACCAGUUUAACCAGAAACUGGAAAAAAAACCCGUUCUAUACUUUAUGUAUUUCCAAAGGGUGCCAUGAUAAUUAGCCGGUUUUUGAGGCGCGAGGAGAUCGGUGUCCAUUUCCAGCGGCGGAGAAUGUACAUCAGGGAGGUGUUUAUACUUGUCUGUGUCUGUUUGCGUGCGGUCGUUGGUCAUGGUGGAGGGGCGCGAGGGGGGGCACAGUUUGCUUUAUCGUCUGGGCAAAUGCCAAAUGCAUGUUUUUGUGGGAAGUAUUGGGGGAGGAGGAGGAACCACUUUGGGUGGGGGCGGGGGGGGGAGCAUGUGCCCUGAAUCCCAGUGUCCUUCCCCUCCCAGCUCUGACGCAUGGCCCACUGCAUGGCUCUGGGAUACCCCUGUUUCAUAGUGCCCCCCCCCCACCUUUCUAAAGUGAGGAACCACUCUAACGAUCUGGAGGGACUUUUUUAUGUUGAUGUAGUGAUGUGCGUGCAUCUCGGUGGCAUGAUUCAAGUGGAUGUUUUGAUAUUCAAAAUUAUAAACUCGUUUCGUCACUCAUACCUCUACAUAACCCCGGAGACCGCCCCUGUAACCAUGGCGACCCGGUCUGGUACAGAUGAAGGUCGGACUGAUGGUACACUGAGGUCUGCUAGUGUUGGGGGGGAGGGGGCGGGUGCUGGCCUUUUGGAGAACUUAUUUUCCCUUUUCUCACAUCACACAUGAUUUUUAGAUACCCCUCCUAAAUGAUCUGAUACAAGAAGGUGUUCCUGCACUAAUCAGUUUCGUUCAUAGUCUGACUUCCUUACAGCAUGCUGCCAAUUUUUGUUUUGCUUCUAUGGCAUUUACAGUUUCUGUUGUGGGGGUUAAAAAAAAAAAGCCCCAUUAUCUAGGGAUUGUGCAAAUAAUCGAAUGCUAAGUGUCAAUCCCCUCGUGCAAACGUAGGCAAACGGCACGCUCUGCGAUCGGCAGGAUCAGAGUUCUAACGUAAUUAUUUUGUGAAUUUAUUUCCAUGAUUUGGUCCAUAUCUUCCCUCGUUAAGCUCGCGAAAAACAAACAGUAACGACUUGAUCAGUCCGGAUAAAUUAUCUUUUGUUUCUUUUGCAUUUCCCUGGUGACGUGUCACUCCCCGCAUAAGACAGCAUGUCCUGAUGACGAUACGUCUCCCUUUCUGUGGGAUCCCUGAAACACUGUGGAAUGUAAACUUGAUUCAAUAUCUACUGACUGAAUGAGCUCCUGCUUUCAACUUCAUUUUAAAAAUGAGUUUUUGCUUCCCUCUUUCUGAAUAAGAAAAUUUCUAACCUUUUGAAAAGGGUGACUUAACUCCAGCUAUCUUUACUGUGAGUAUAGUAUGAUUAAAAUGUUUUGCGACAUGAUUAUUUGAUAGGGAUUUUCUCCUUUUUCCCCCCAGUAUUUGCAAUGUGAUUCUAUGAGCCAAAGUUAUCCUGAGUUCUUUUUUACUGUGUAUGAUCAUUUUCUGUGAAAUGUGUGCCCUACUAUCCACCAUGUUAAAGUAGCACAUCUCUCUCUAUUUGUGCCAUUAAACUUUAGCCUCUGAAUGCA